AUGAACCACCGUCGGGCGACUAUAUCAUCUUGCCGGAACCGCCAACGUCAUCAUCACUAUCGCCAUACCGUCAACCACCACCGCCACAGUUCAACACCACCACCACCUCAUGGACACCCCCGAUUUUCUGAUCUAAACACUCUGAUUUUCCAAUAUGAAGACCCCGAAUUUUCCGAUCUGAAAACCCCCAAUUUUCCGAUCAGAAAACCCUCGAUUUUCCGAUCAGAAAACCUCCACCAUUGUUUAGGAACCCUAACUCUAGACAAACGAUAUGACGAAGUAGGGAAACCCUAA